AUGAUUAAGUUUGUGAUUAUUUUGAGCAUUGUUGCUAUUGCAAUUGGACAGAGUACGUCCAGCAGUGAAACGAAAAAACACAAACGCAGUAUUUUUGAAGACGUAAGGAUAGUAAGUCCUGUUUCCAGUUACGGAAGUGGUUAUCCAUGGACUCGUAGUAAAAAUUUAUCAAAAAUUUUAAAAGUUCCAGUGGAUUUAUCACCAACGCAUAGUGUAAUAAGUUAUGGUAGUGCGGUAAGGCCUUCAAGUCCACCAUUGGUUAUAACAAAACAUACAAUCGUCGAGAAACAAGUUCCUGUGCCGGGUAAACCAGUAAUUUUGGAAAAACAAGUUCAUGUACCAAUCCACGUACCUGUUCAUGUGCCAAUACAUGUUCCUGUUGAAAAACUUGUCCCUAUAACGAUUGAAAAAUCAGUACCGUUCCCUAUAACCCAGAUUGUUCCAUACCCAGUUGAUCGCGCAGUACCAAUCCGUCAAAAUGUGCCUUAUCCAGUACCAAUAUUAAUUGCACAGCAAAGCCCGCCAUCAAAUCAGCAAUCAAAUUUAAUUACAGCUUCCAGUCUCAAUAAUCUACUACGUCAAUCAUCAAACGCUAGACCUUCAUCUUUGCCGAUAAAUCUUUCUGUCAGCGCUGGUAUUUCAUCCGAAAUACCAGCAAAUGCUCCACCUCAAGAUCUUCAAGGCAUUGAUCUUAGUAGUCUCUCUCAGUUAAAUUCACUUCAACAGCCUCCAGCUCCUCAACCUUUACAAGGAAAUGGUCUUAGUCCUCUUGAGUCGCUCUGGGCUCCACAAGAAUAUAAUGACGUCUGGAAAAAAUAA